AUGGAGCGCCUGUUCACCAUGAUCGACGGAUGGGUGGUCAAUAACGCGCUGACAUGCCAGAACUGCAUGUACGGCAACCACUACACACAAGCGUGUUCGUUCGCGGGAACACCGUGGAAUCAGAACCCCAACCGGGUCGUGUAUGAAGAAUGGUUGAUGCUGCGUAACAACCAUGGCGGAUGGCGCAACGCAAUGGCAAAUGGCUAUGUGCCACAAUCACGCCAAGGCGGACGGUACGCUGGUCAAGGUGGCCAAGGGAACUUCGCCGGUCAAGGUGGCCAGGCCAACUACAACAAUCAAGGAGGCCAGGGCAAUUUUGGCGGCCAAGGGAAUUUCGCUGGUCAAGGUGGCCAGUGGAACAACGCUGGUCAAGGUGGCCAGUGGAACAACGGAGGUCAAGGCGGCCAGGAUAACUUCGGAGGCCAAGGCAACUUCGCCGGUCAAGGUGGCCAAGGCGGAGGAAACGGCGGAUACGGCCCGGUUAGAGGCGGCUUCCGAGGCAGAGGCAGAGGCCGUGGCGGCAAUCGCGGAAAUUACGGCGGUGGCCAAUGGAAUGGUGGUGGUCAAGGUGGCCAAUGGAACGGUGCUGGUCAAGGAGGCCAGUGGAAUAAUGGUGGUCAAGGUGGCCAGAAUUUUGCCGGUCAAGGUGGCCAGGGCAAUUUCGCCGGUCAAGGUGGCCAGGGCGACUUCGGCGGGCAGCAAGGCGGCUUCGUCGGUGGGAACCAGAACGGUUUCGGUCAGCAAGGCGGAGGCUUUAAUUUCGCCCCGGCGAAUGGUGCCGGUCAGGCGCAAGGUGCGCCGGUUCAGGGAAUGGCCCAGGGAAACGUUCAUGGUCAGUAG